AUGGAUCAGCAAUAAACAGAUAUUAAGGAAUUGUUAUCGCUUUAUAAUAAUGCUAUGUAGAUUAAAAAGAGAGCAGAGAAGAAAUUAAUACGAUUCACUAAUUGUCUUUCAGAAUUGGAUCGAAGAAAUUGUGGAGCAGAAAUUAUUGAAUAAAUCAAUGUUGUCAGACAAAAGAUUAAAGAAGAAAGAAAGAAUUAAGCAGAAUAGACUGUUAGAAAUUCUUAUGUUUAAUUGCAAAAACAAAUGGAUUAAAGUAGUUUAAUGUUGAAACAAAAACUUUAAGAAAAAGAACUAUGUAUUUAUUAUAUAUCAUUAAACAAGAACUUGAAUCUAUGGAUUUGGAAUAUAAAUGUAAAUUAUAGUAACAAUAGUAAGUAAUAAAUGAUCUCAAUCUCUAAAUUGAAGAAGUCAAAGAUUGUAAUCAAUAUUCUUUAUUCAAAUAGAUAAUCAAGAUUAAAUUUUCAGUUUGACUCAAAAGAAUCAAUAACUACUUAAUCUCAUUGAAGACUUAAACAAAUAAAUUGCAGAAUUAAAAUAAAGUAUUGUUUUAAAUGACAUUUUAGUUUUGGAACAUUAUCAAAACGAAGAAUUCAAAUCAUAAUAAUUAAAUAACAGUAUUAAAUUAAUAUUAUAUAAGAUUCUAUAAGAAUAUCUUAGAACUCAUAAAUGUUAUAGAACAUAAAGAAACUUGGAAGCCAAGAUAAUAAUUAAACUACUGAAUCAAUGGAUUAAUGCUAAUUUGAAACUUUGGCUUCUGAAGUCAAAUAUCAAGAAACUUGUGAGAAUUUUGAUGAAGAAAUCCUUUUGGGAUCAUCUAAUCAAUGUGCUGAAUCUAAAGGUAUAUAUUAAAUAUCAAAAAUUGUAGAAUUAUAAUCACCAAUCAGAAUUUAAGAUUAAUAAUCUAAUCCUAAUUAAAUUUGUGAAUUAAAUUUUACUAUUGAAGAAUUAAAAGAAUAAAUUCAAGGUAAUAAUAAACAAAUAUAUUAUCUAGAUUUACAAUAAGAGAAAUAAAGAUUGAUAGACAAUCUUAAAGAAAAUGAAAAUAAAUUUGAAUCAUUUAAAGAAAAAAUAUUAAUAAAUGAGAAAAAUUUACAUAAUUAAAUAAAUGAUCUCAUUCAAUAAAAUUAAGGUAUAAUUACUAUAUUAACAUAUAGAUCUAUUGGCUAAAGAGUAAAUACUUCAAUCUUAGAUUGCGGAUUAGAAAAAUGAAAUUUAAAAUAUAGCAAAACUUAAUGAAGAUUUGUAAUAGUCAUAAUAGUAAUUGAAUUAAAAAGAUUUAAUGAUUUCUACACUUAAUGAAGAACAAGAAUAGAUCAAAUCUUAAAUAUAAUAAUUAGAAUAAUAAAUUGAAUUGAUUCCAAAACUAAAAGAAGAUAUUGAGCAUCAUUAGAAUUUAAUAAUAGAAAAAGAAACAGAAAUUUAAAAAUUAAAAUAAAAUCUUGAAAGUGAAUAGAAUUUAAAUGUUGAAAAGUAAAAAACAAAUGAGAUAUUAAAUGAAAAGAUAAUUGAAACUUAAAAUACUCUAGAUUAAUAUAUUUAAUCAAAUUCAUUAUUAUAAAAUGAUAAUCAAAGUAUUUUUUAAUAAUAAAUUAAAAAUAGAUCUAAUAUAAGAAAAGUAAGUGCUUACCAAUCAAAUUAAUUUACUUAAUAAAAAUUAAGAAUGUAUUUUAAUUUUACAUAUAUUAGAAUAAAAAUCAGAAUUUAUAAGUAAAAUAUAAGAUCUUGAAACAUAAAUUCAAAUAUUAUCUGUAAAAAGAUAGGAAUCAGAUUAAAAUCUGAGUUAAUAAGAACUCCUUCUUGUAAACUUAAAUAGAAAUGAAUCCAAUUUAACAAAAUAGGUUUAAGAAUUAACUUCAUAGUUGAACGAAUUUGAAAUUAGAUACAAAGUAUUAGAAUAAGAAAACAAUAAAUAAUAAUAAUAGAUUGGAGUUUUGAAUGAAUAAAAAAAUUAAUUUGAAUCUUAAAUUGAAGAAUUGAAAUAAUAAUAUUCAAAAAUUUAAUAGGAUUUACAUGAAUAGAAAAUUAAUAAGGAGAGAUUAGAAUCUAUAGUAAAUGAUUUGAAUAAGGAAUUAGAAUGUAAUAAUAAUUAUAUAGAAUUAAUAGAAAUUAAAACAUAAAAUAAGUAGCUAUAGGAAGAGGUAGAUGAAUUUAAAAGAAAUAUGGAUGAAUUAACUAAGAUCAAUAGUAGUAAAGAUUUAUAAAGAGAUGAAUAAUUAAAAUUUUAAAAAUAAUUGGAAAAUCAAUAUAAAGGUAAUAAUAAAUGAAUUAUUUUUAGUACUUGAGGAAUAAUUAAAAAAUGCUAAAUAAUAAUCUUAAGAAGAAUGUAAUAAGAUUGCAGAGGGUUACAAGGAGGAACUGAAAUUAAUGUAGGAAUAAUUAAUGAGAAGUUCUGAAAAUAUUAAGUAAUAUUCACCUGUUAGAGAAAUGUCAUAAGAUGAUAAAUAUAAAGAAUAGAUUAAUAGACUAAAUGAUGAACUUAGAUUAAGUAAAUUAUAAAUUGCCCAAUUUUCAACUGUUAAUGAUUAGUUAAAGUAAUAAUAAAAGGAUUUGGUGUUGAAAUUGUAAAAUAUGUUGAAAUUGACUCCAGCAGCUGAUUAAGAUCUAAAUGAUUUGAUUUUAAUAAUUCAAAGCAAUCUAUCUAGUUGUCAAAGCAGUCCUGCAAGAUAAUCAUCAAAAAGAACCAGUAUGAUAGAUACUACUAAAAUGCUUAUGAACAAAUCUAGAUUAUCUAUUGGUUCUAAUAGAGGCUCGGUAUUGGUAUCAUAGAAUCAAAUAUCAGAUAAUGGAUAUAGAAAUAGUGCUAAUCUUUAAGAUAAUGGAUUUAGAAAUAGUUUAAAUGUUUAGAAGAUUCCAUCUAGCAGUUAAAGUAAUACAGACUUAUAGAAAAUUCUGGAUGAUGUUUCAGAUUAGGAUAUUGUUUAAUUAUGA